GACUUGGACACGCCCCCAAACCAGGUGUACUACUUCCUGAGUUCUGCCCCGAGGUUUGGAAAACUGAAGCUGAAGGUGACAUUGUGCUACAGAGCAAGGCAGUAGACCUGAGGGAGGGGCAGCGGGUGGUCCUGAACACCAACAUCCUGCUGGCAUCAGAUCUGGGAGAUCGACCGGAGGAGCUGGUCUUCACAGUGCUGGUCCCGCCUCAGCAUGGCCUGGUGCACGGCGUCCAGCAGCCGGGGGUCCCGCUGCUCAGCUUCACCCAGCURGAUGUGGCCGCUCACAGGGUGGGCUACACUCACAACAACGAGCACCACUCGGAGACUGACUCGUUCAGUUUUCUGGUGACAAACGGUGACUCCUCCAGGAACGGUAGCCUCCUCUUCAUCAUCCAACACGGGGACCGUACCCCACCGACCCUGAGCCGUAACGUGGGCCUCCAGCUGCAGGACGGUUCCUCUGCCACCAUCACGUCCAACCUGCUGCAGCUUACUGACCCCGACACGGAGGCUGCCAACUUGAGCUACGUGGUCACCCAGCUGCCCACACAUGGUCAGCUGCUGCUGAGGGGGGACCUGCUGGCCUCAAGUCCUAGGUUCAGCCAGACUGACGUGGACCAGCUGGAUCUGGUUUACCAACACGUCCCGGGCAGCCCAGCAGAAACUGACAGGUUCUACUUCCUKCCAAGUGAUGGAAGCAACAGAGGCUACCUGGAGUUUGGCCAACUGAGGGCGGAGCCUGCAGCGUUCAUCAUACAGGUGGAGCAGGUGGACCGGAUCCCUCCCAGUCUGAGCGGACUGCAGAGUCCCAGCACGGUGGUGGAUCUUGGUUCCGGGCGGUUUGGUCUCUUCAUCAGCAGCAGGACCCUGCAGGCUUCAGACCCGGACAGUCCAACAGAACAGCUGGAGUUCUACAUCAACAACCCCCCUCAGUUUGGACACCUGGAGAACACGGCCACAGGAGUCUCCAUCAGAACCCGUUUCACUCAGCGGGAUGUGGACCUGGGACAUGUGGUCUUCGUCCUUCCGUCGGACCAGGAGAGGACUUCUGACAGCUUUGAGUUCUGUCUCAGAGACCCUGCAGGGAACUCUGCCCCACCUCAGAGAUUGGAGCUGUUCUGGUCCCGGGUCCAGCUGUCAGCGACCUGCUACAGGACUUGUGAGACUUCAGGGACUCUGCAGAUCCAGAUCCAGAGGACUGGCAGGAGCAUGGACCCGGCCUACGUCUCCAUUCAGGUGCAGAACGGGUCAGCCAAAGUAGGCAGAGACUUCACCCACAGCUCAGCUGGUCUGGUCCAGUUCGACCCGGGUGUGAAUGUAAAGGCCUGGACUAUCUUCCUAAUUGAUGAUGGUCUGGAGGAGAACCACGAGACCUUCAGGGUCCAGCUGAAGAACCCUCAGAACUCAGUUCUGGGACAGAGAACGUUUGCAACGGUGGAGAUCCUUGACCCCAGGAGAGGAAGGUGUGAUCCAGACAACAUGAAGGUGGAGGACCACCAGACCCCUCCUGGUCCUCCUCAGAUCCCUGCCCCCCAUCAGCCAGAGGAGGAGGACUUAGUCAUUGACAUGGAGACAGAACUUCUGUGGGAGAACCAGCCCCACCCUCCCAGAGGAGAUGUCCCAAACCGCCACUUCUCCCUGGACUACAGAGAGGUGGAACCACAGGACCAGGCGCCCCCCCAGUACAGAGAGACCCUCCACAGSGGGGGUCAGCUGAGACCGACCUCUGAGACGUCUGGAGGUUCUGGGUUCAGAGGAGGAGGACAGAAGAUGACCCAGUCGGUCAGCACCUUCUGUCCUGCUGGUUGGACGGUCUACAGGAGACGCUGUUAUAUCAUCAGUCCAUCUGUGGCCAGCUGGGCCAGCGCCGACAGAACCUGCUCUAUUCUCUUCAACAGCAGCCUGAGCAGUGUUCGGUCCAGAAGAGACGUCGGCUGGAUGUGGAAGUUCACAGGGAAGAAACCAUUCUGGAUCAGUCUUUCUGAUGGUCUGGACUCCUGGAUGUGGGCUGAUGGUUCUGCUGUCAGACUUGGGGGGGUUCCUGCUGGGUCAGACUGUAUCCUCGUUGAAAACCCCAAAAGAUGGAUUUCUACAAACUGUUCAGCUGAAACUCAGCACUCGUUCAUCUGUUCCUCUCCUCUUCAGACUCCAUGAUUUUAUUUCUACAUCCUGAGGAACAUCUCCCUUCAUCUCACUGCUUUGUUUCCUUUCAGACAGUAAUGCUGUUCUGAUGACAUCAUCUGAUGACAUCAUCUGAUGACAUCAUGUUUCCUUCAGACAGCGACGCUGCUCUGGUGUUUAUCUUCAUAAGGUGAUCAAUACAUAAGAUUGUAAUUAAGAAUUUUCUCAUAUAAAAACAUCAGGCUGAGUUUGGUUUUUAAAGUUUUCAGAGGUUGACGUUUAUGAGUUCUAUCAUUUGAUGGAAGAGAACCCAUCUCAAACAUUUGGAUCGGUUUACAUGGUACCACUUGUUAUUAUUGAUUAAAUAAAAGCACUGAAACAGUGAGUGAAGUCUA